AGUGGGAAUAGUCUUGCAUUUUUUGUGAAGAGGGAAUCUCUCUUUUUCUUCAGUUUCAUUUCCUCUCCCAAAUUGUGUUCUGUCUCUUUGAUCUUUCUCUAUAUACAAUUUCUAAUGUGGAGGAAGUAGUGCAUUUUCUCAGUUUCUCUUCUGAGGCGUCAAACGGAGCACGGCAAAUUGAUUUUAUUGAGGAUCAUCUGAUUCUGGUUGGGAAUGGAAACAUGACUGGAGAGGAGGAUAGUGAUAUUGAUUGGAACACUGACGAUGAGCUGGAAAUUCUGUCAGGAACAUUUACAUCGUCUCAGCCCACUCUAGUUAUGAGCAAUGGGGAGUUAAAAGAAAAGGCAAGCUCAUCAGGUGUUUCCAAUGUCAGUUUGAUUGAGCAUUUUGUUGCGAUGGGAUUCUCAGAGAAACUGGUCGCCAAGGCCAUUGAGGAUACUGGAGUUGGAGAUAAUGAAGCUAUCCUCAAUACCCUUCUAACAUUCGCGAGUCUUGAAGAGUCCCCUGAGCAACCGCAACAACCGCUAACCACAACUUCUGAUCCUAGCUCUUCGGAUGACAAUGAAAUGCUUGAUGAACUUUCCGAUGAGGGUAGCUGGUCCGAAAUUGAUGAAAAACCUGCUCUAGUGUCUGAGGAACACAAAACGUUGUUAAUGUUGGCCGAUACGGGAUCAAUAUCUGAGGAGGACAAAAAACUGCUAACCUUGGCAAACAUGGGAUUCUCAGUGGAAGAGGCAAGGAUAGCCAUGAAAAGAUGUGGUGAGUACACAAAAAAGGCUACUAAUUACAUUUUCCCUCUCGCUCUUGCAUUUGAUUUACGUCUUUGCUGUCUCUCACCUAUUUCUAAAUCUCUCAUUUCAUCUUCUUACCUCGUCAUUCGUUUCAAGGCCCUGAAGAGCCACUCUCCGUCUUGGUGGAUUGCAUACAUGCUGCCCAAAUGGUUCGAGAGGCAGACUACUAUAUGCCAGAAGAAGAUCUCAAGCCGAAGCGCCUACUCGUGGGAAGUAGCAGCAAAAAGAGAAAAUAUCGCGAAACGUGCAAGAAGAAGGAAGUGGUCGAGGACCUCAUCCGCCUGCCGAAGCCCAUGAUAGGCUUCGGCGUCCCGUCCCGCCAGCCCGAGCACAAAAUCUCCCGCAACUUGCCAGAGGUGGCGCGGGGCCCACCAUACUUCUACUACGAGAACGUGGCCCUCGCUCCAAAGGGAGUCUGGGAAAAAAUAUCCACGUGCCUAUUGGAGAUUGAGCCCGAGUUUGUCGACUCCAAGUACUUCAGCGCCACCGCUCGCAAACGGGGUUACGUUCACAACCUCCCAAUCGAGAAUCGCUUUCCGUUGGUCCCACUGCCACCGAUGACUAUCCAGCAGGCUUUCCCGCUGUCUAGGAAGUGGUGGCCUGAAUGGGACACGAGGGACAAACUCAACUGCAUACAGACGUGUAUUGGGAGUGCUAAGCUGACGGAGCGCAUAAGGGGAUGGCUCGAGAGCGCAGAUGGGAACCCGUCAGAGUCGGUGAAAAGGGACAUUUUGUAUCAGUGCCGCAAGUGGAAUUUGGUGUGGGUCGGGAGGAAUAAGGUGGCCCCGCUGGAGUGUGAUGAGGUGGAGAUGCUUCUCGGGUUUCCGAAGAAUCAUACCAGAGGGGGAGGGAUAAGCAGGACGGACAGAUAUAAAUCGUUGGGGAACUCGUUUCAGGUCGAUACAGUCGCUUAUCACCUAUCUGUCCUGAAGGAGUUGUACCCAAAUGGAAUCAACGUGCUCUCCCUAUUUUCAGGCAUAGGUGGGGCCGAGGUUGCUCUGCAUCGUCUUGGGGUGAAGCUGAAGAACGUUGUCUCAGUCGAGAAAUCAAAGGUUAACAGAGACAUCGUGAGGAGUUGGUGGGAGCAGACGAACCAGACAGGGAACCUUUAUGACUAUGAUGAUGUCCAGCAGUUCGACACCCCAAGAAUCGAGCAAAUCAUGGACAACAUAGGGGGGUUUGAUUUGGUGGUUGGUGGUAGCCCUUGCAACAACCUUGCUGGAAGUAACAGGGUUAGUCGAGACGGGUUGGAAGGCAAGGAAUCUUCUCUGUUCUAUGAUUACUUCCGUAUAUUAGAUAUUGUUAGGGACCAUAGCCAUCAUUCUCGGCAUAUGUAAACUUUAUUGGUUUUGGUGACCUUUGAUCAAUUGUUUUAGGUUUCUUAUUGACCCUGUUAAUAAUUCAUUGGUCGCAGACUUGCAGUUGACUCUAAUUUUUGUUUUCCUGGCGAUGGUAGUAUGGAAGAUGC